UGACGGUGAGUAAAGGUAAACAUGGCGUCUCUCCUGAGCCUAAGGGACUAUGGGAGUGAUAGUGAUGGUGAAUUAGGUGAUGUUGAGGAGUAUGUACAGCAUUUAAAACCAAUUGAGAGUGGAAAUACGAUAUCUCAAGAUCUACAGAUUGUUGUUUCACCCGAAGUUACGUCUACGAAAGAACUUGAUGAUCGCCUUCAUAUAGAUCCCCUGGAGAAAGAGCUGAAGUAUAACCCUAAAUAUGAGGAGCUGUUUGCCCCAACUCUUGGACCUCAAAAACCAGAAUCCAAGUACCAAGAAGUCGACAGAAACACCCUUGCUGGCCAUGUAGAACCUGCACACUUUAAUGAAUUUGAAUUUGAAUCACAAAGACGCACUUUCACAACAUUUGGUUACGCUAUUGACCCGUCAAUAUCUGGGAAACCUGAGGAUGGGAGGAGAUAUGUCGGGGAUGUUUCUACAGCCAGUGAAACGUCUGGAUUUACAAUUUUUGAAACUAAGCACAAAGCAGAGCAACCUACUAGGCGUAAACGUGACAAGAAUGAUGAUGCUGCAGAUAUUGAUGGAUUUAAAGGCCCUUGGGCAAAGUAUCAAAAUGAACAGACUGUGAUGAAGCCAUCUGAAGAAGAGCAACAUGCACUAGAUGAAAUAUUAGCUAAACGACAAAAGCGAGGUAAACAGACGGAUGAUAAGCCUAUUGAUGAGAAAUCUCUGUUGCACAUAAAGGAUGCUUAUGAUUAUCAAGGACGGUCAUUUUUACAUAUUCCCCAAGAUGUUGGUGUGAAUUUGAAGUCCCCAGAACCACCUGAGAAGUGUUUCAUGCCCAAGAAAUUAAUCCACACAUGGAAGGGUCACACCAAAGGCGUGUCUGCCAUCAGGUGGUUUCCUGGAUCAGGACACCUCUUGCUCUCUUGCGCUAUGGACACAAAGAUUAAAAUAUGGGAAGUGUACAACAACCGCCGUUGCAUCAGAACAUAUAUGGGACACAAACAGGCUGUGAGAGAUGCUUGCUUUGAUAAUGAAGGAAAACAGUUUCUUUCUGCUGGUUAUGAUCGAUUUAUCAAAUUAUGGGACACGGAAACUGGAGACUGCAUCUCCCACUUUACCAGUCGAAAAAUUCCAUAUUGCGUCAAGUUCCAUCCUGAAGAAGAAAAACAAAAUCUUUUUGUAGCUGGCACAUCAGAUAAGAAAAUUGUGUGUUGGGAUAUUAGAACCAAAGAGAUAGUUCAGGAGUAUGAUCGUCAUUUAGGAGCUGUAAAUACUAUCACAUUCAUCGAUGAAAACAGAAGAUUUGUCUCGACUUCUGAUGACAAGAGUUUACGUGUGUGGGAAUGGGACAUACCCGUUGAUUUCAAAUACAUUGCAGAUCCCACAAUGCAUUCCAUGCCAGCUGUCACUCUUUCCCCCAAUAAGAAGUGGUUAGCAUGCCAGAGCAUGGACAAUAAAAUUGUAAUAUUUUCAGCUUUAGAUCGCUUCAAGAUGAAUCGAAAGAAGAUAUUUACAGGACACAUGGUAGCAGGAUAUGCCUGUACUCUUGAUUUCUCCCCUGAUAUGUCUUAUUUGGUGUCUGGUGAUGCAGACGGGAAAGCUCAUGUUUGGGAUUGGAAAACUACGAAACUCUACCAAAAGUGGAAAGCUCAUGAGGAUGUGUGUAUUGGUAUUCUGUGGCAUCCACAUGAGACCAGUAAGAUAGCUACAGCAGGAUGGGAUGGUCUCAUUAAAUACUGGGAUUAACUCUUGCUCAUACAGUAUAUUUUUUUAACUGUAAGGUUAUUGUACAAUUUAUGUAAGAUUUUUGUAUAUAAAAUACUGUAAUAAAAUUCAUUAAGAAAAAAUAUGA